AUGCUCCGCGGCCUCGUCAGCGCCGACGCGCUCACCGCGGAGGAGGAGGAGCACAUCGACAAGCUCCAGAAUGAGAUAGACGAAAUCUGGAACCGGCGCGGCAGCUAUCAGAUUGACCCCGACGCAUGGGAGACGAUGCCCUUCUUUAUGGAGAGCAUUACUCAAGACGAUAUUGACAAGAACGCCAACUGCGCAGCGCUCGCGUCCAUCGUGUACGACGAGGUACCACCGGAUGAAAUUGCCGAGAAUCGAAAGGAACACGGCAACCGCGCCUUGAACAUGGCCCUCAACCCCAAUCAAGAGCGCCGCGAGAACCUCGCACGUGCUGCAUGUUUCAGCUACACCGAGGCUUUGCAAGCCCAGGGAAAGGAUACGAAGCUGUCCUCCAUCAUCUAUGCCAACCGCAGCCUUGCUCAGUUCAUCAUUGGCAACUAUGGUCACGCACUCGUGGACGCGCAGCGGUCUAUCAUUCUCAACCCACACUACCGCAAGGCGUACUACCGAGCUGCGAGGUGUGCCCUCGCACUGAAGAAGUACGACAUGGGGCUUCAGCUGCUGACGAAGGGGCGACUGGCUGUUGAUCUACCCAUGGACGCCGCGACACAGUCGGAUUUUUCGGAGAUGGAAAAGCUUUGCUUGCAGGGCAAGGAGCAAAAGACAUCAGAGGAGGCGAAGCAGAAGCUCAUAGCACGCUCGCGGGCCGCGAAAGUAUCGAACGUGGCACGUGCCAUCACCUCUGUCGGCAUCAAGAUCUCCCCCAAGGCGGAGGUGACGAGCGAGCAGAUGGGGGUCUACGGCAACCCAGAACCGUACUUCGACACGGACGGUAUGCUGCACGUCCCGCUACUCUUCAUGUACGACGAGUACCAGCAGACGGACAUUAUGCAUGACGUAGGAUGCGACGUGUGCGCUGCGGAGCUCCUCGAUGAGCUCAUGCCCUUCCCGUGGGACGAUCGCAAGCGCUACCAAAAGUUUGACGACAUCGUUGUCUUCUACAAGAUCGAUGACGGCGUCAAAGAGCCGCAGUGCUAUGAGGUUGACCAAGCAUGGCCGCUGCUCCAGGUGUUCCGCGGAGCAACGUACGAGAUGCCGCAGCUGAUGCCAGUGCUGCACGUUGUGUGUAAAACCAGCGAACUCGUUGAUCGUCUCAAAGUCCACCGCAUUGCAUGA